AUGCAACUAUACUUUGUAUUUUACAUCAACACGCUGCGAUGGAUGGUAUCUCUCCUGCUCGUUCUCACACCCACGCUAUGGGGUCCACGAAUGUGGUUUGCGCUCCUAGGCAGCAGCAUGACCGAGCAGCCGAUUUAUCUCGGUGACACUAUUAUGAAUGCAAUGUCUCAACAGGAUUCUGAUGGCCGCUGCAAAACGUGGACCGAAAAACGAGAUGCAAUCUCCGACUCGGCGUCAAGUGCCUCGGGCUGGUACGGUCCUGGCGCCUAUCUGGCCUGGUUGAUCACCGCUUAUGCCACGGCUCUGUCCACCAUAUGGCAUUCGAAAUGUUCAGCACGACAUCCGGAUGUGAAUAAGCUCGACGGAGAAGUCAUCCUCGCCAUUGGCUAUCCGCUAGUCGCCCUCGGCGAUGUUUUGCUUCGUCUGAUACGAUGUCAGAUUGAUCCCGGGAUGACCGCCGCCGUGUUUGUACUUGUAUCGACAUUGACCAUUAUCGGACCCCUGACUCGACUGUCGUGGCAGGAAGACGGCGUGGAGAUGGAGAUGGAUCCACCCCAUUUACCCAACACAGUGAAAGAGUGGACAUGGAAGACGAUUCGCUUCUUCUGUCAUACUGUGGUUUACGCCAUCAUUUCUGAGCCAUACCUUGAGCAUCGGGUCUUGCUAUCCGUUUAUUUACUACUCUUUGUGACGUUGUUGUACUCUGGAAUUCACGGAGAGGCGCUGUUCGACAAGUAUCCGUACCGACAGAUUGUAUAUCGGCCUCGGGGAGAGCGCGUGGCGGCCUUCUGCAUCGUACAGCUUGUUUUUCAUAUCGUGUUGUUCUCGAUCUCCCAUUCCAUCUGGCCCAAGACGGACGCUAGUCUUCUGGACCUAGAUCAGAUCGCUGGUAUAUUCCUCACCAUGACCACGUUGAUGUAUUCACGGCGGGAGGACAUCGUGACACUUGCGAAAAAGUUGAAACUCAAACAGUCCACUGCUGAAGUACCGACAGACGCUUAA